AUUUUUUAAGAAUAACUAAACAUUCCUUAAUCUCUCCGCGUUUUCUUCUUCUUCUUCUUCUUCCCGUCGACUGCUUUAUUCCACUGAAACAAAUUUUGAAAUUUGCACAAACAUCCUCCAAGUUUCCUCCUUUCCUCUUCCCGAUCAGGUACCCUCUUCGUUUGAUUGCGUUUCAAUCACUCUCAGAUUCAUCAACAACCCACCCACUUGCUGAAACCUGAUCAAAGUCUAAAUCUUUGUGAAUUUUAGGGGUUUUAAAGCUCUGAUUUUUAUCACCCGGAGAGAGGAGAAUCUAAAGGCAAUUUCAGAUCUUUUGUUAGCUUUUCUUUUCCAGAAUGGCGGCGGAUAUGCUACCUGUUUACCUAAUUAUAGUGGCGUUUCUAUGCACUUGUGGAGCCGUUGCUUUGGCCUUGUUCCAUAUCUACAAGCACCUAUUGAACUACACUGAACCCAUUUAUCAGAGAUAUAUUGUUCGCAUUGUCUUCAUGGUCCCUGUCUAUGCAUUGAUGUCUUUCUUGGCUCUUGUGUUGCCUAAAAGCUCCAUCUAUUUUAACUCUAUCCGAGAAGUUUACGAAGCGUGGGUGAUUUAUAACUUUCUUUCGUUGUGCUUGGCUUGGGUUGGAGGCCCAGGUUCAGUUGUUAUAAGUUUAACUGGCCGCUCUUUGAAGCCUUCAUGGCAUCUCAUGACUUGUUGCUUCCCACCACUACCACUAGACGGGCGUUUUAUUCGACGGUGCAAGCAAGGUUGUCUGCAGUUUGUAAUUCUAAAGCCAAUCCUAGUUGCUGUCACACUUGUGCUCUAUGCAAAAGGGAAAUACAAGGAUGGAAAUUUUAACCCUAAUCAAUCCUAUCUCUAUCUUACCAUCAUCUACACCAUAUCAUAUACAGUAGCUUUGUAUGCGUUGGUCCUCUUUUAUGUGGCUUGCAAAGACCUCCUAAAGCCAUUCAAUCCAGUCCCCAAGUUUGUGAUUAUUAAAUCUGUUGUCUUUCUAACAUAUUGGCAGGGUGUUCUGGUUUUCCUUUUUGCUAAAUCUGGAUUUAUAAGAGAUGAAGAAGAAGCAGCGCUGUUCCAAAAUUUUAUAAUAUGUGUGGAGAUGCUUAUUGCUGCAGCUGCACAUUUCUAUGCAUUUCCUUACAAGGAAUAUGAAGGUGCCAAUGUUGGAGGAGCUCACAGUUUCUCACGAAGUCUAGCACAUGCUGUUCAACUAAAUGAUUUCUACCAUGAUACUGUUCACCAGUUUGCCCCUGCGUAUCACGAUUAUGUGCUCUACAACCAUAAUGAUGGUGGUGAGGAAGGGACGACCAAGUACCGAGUAAGAACAUUUGUGCCAACUGGUCAGGAAAUGGAUGCUGUUAGAAAGAACAAACACAUGUUUGGAAACAAGAUAGAAGGUGUUUCACCUUCCAGUCACUCUUCCUCGGGAACAAGCACACCGAAAGCUUCAGGUGCAACUUCUGAUCCUGCACGCCCUGAGACCAUGAAAUCUUCUUUGUUGGUUGACUCCUCGGACUCUGCUUCCAGAAUGUAUGACAUGUCGCUCAUAGACAUUGAUAUAUCGAGCUACCCAAGUAAAGUACCUUCUGCAAAUGUAAGUGGAGGAGGACCUAGAUAGUGAGGAGGAAGAUGAUGAUGUUAGGAUCCACCAUUAACAGUAACAAGAGUGUUAUUAGAUUGAGGAGUCUCUCGAGUUUGUUGUUAAAACGGGAAAAUGUUAAUUGGAGAUGGAGAAAUAACUUAUUGUUCUGAUGAGUGUUCCACUGGUCACAGCUUAGUUCUUGUUUGUUGCUUGGUUCACUAUCUUUUGGUUUGUAGAUAUAAAAAUGAUUACACAAUCUCAAAAGUUGUGAAACAUUUGGUGUGCGAUUAGAAAGAGUUAGAUAAUAUGUUGGAGCUGUGUGUAUUUGAGUUUGGAGCUGUUAGGCCAUCUCUUUUUUAUGUUUCUUUCAUACUUACAAAUAAUAUUAUCAACUUUUUUGUUUGUUUGUCAUAUUGAUGCUACCAUUAUAUUAACUCUGCCUUGGAC